AUGCAAAAGGAUGACGUGGUGGGUCUGUCUUCCUCAGCUGCUGCUGCCUCAGCAGCAGGAGGAGCAGCAGAAGAUGGGGGCGAUGGGGCCGACAUGGAGGCAGCGGAGCCCGCAGAAGGUGACGCUGCAGCAACACCCAGCAGCAAAAAGACAAAUAGAGUUGGGAGGGCUGUGCGACGCCAGUUCACGCUGAGACGUCGGGGCACGUCUACGGCCAGCGAAACUGAUACAGCCGAGACGGCAGGUGCUGCUGCUGCUGCUGGCGUUGUUGGUGCUGCUGCUGCUGCUCCGACGGCAGCUGCUGCUGCAGGCUUUUCCCCCGCUUCCCAGGUCCGGGGGGCCCCUUCCGGGACGGAGGCCCCUGGGGGCCCCUUUGCCGCGGGGCCCGUCGCUUCCUCUGGCCAGACAGUGCAGCAUGCGGACUUGUGCAUAUUUGCAGUCUUCGAUGGCCAUGGGGGUGCCCACGUAUCUAGGUAA